CCCUAUCUUCUUUUCUUUCCCAACUUCACAGGAUCCUCAUCGACAGUACUCGAAGCAAGUCUGUGACGCACGAUAGAAGUAGACAGGAGCUACGAUGUCACGAAACGCAUAUCUAUGGGCAGGUCUGCUCCUAGGAGCUCUAUGUCUCCUUAUCACCACAACCAGUAUCAAAGCUGACGGUGAGGUUACAGAAGAUGUCGACAAACGGGCAAACUACUUCCGGGGACGGGGGAGAAAACCUGGAAAGCGAGACGAGCCUGACGCAGCCCUGGUACCCGAUGAUGACUUGAGUGAGGACAAGAGAGCGAAUAUGUUUAGAAGUCGGCUCCGCGGUAAAGGAAAGCGAGACGACCCUGAUGCAGCCAUGUUACCUGGUGACUGGGAUGAGGAAAAGAGAGCGAACAUGUUUAGAAGUCGGCUCCGCGGUAACGGAAAGCGAGACGAUCCCGAUGCAGCCAUGUUACCUGGUGACUGGGAUGAGGAAAAGAGAGCGAACAUGUUUAGAAGUCGGCUCCGCGGUAAAGGAAAACGAGACGAACCUGACGCAGCUGAAGCCCUGGUACCUGGUGACUGGGAAGAGGAAAAGAGAGCGAACAUGUUUAGAAGCCGGCUCCGCGGUAAAGGAAAGCGAGACGAUCCUGACGCAGCCGAAGCCCUGGUACCUGGUGAUGACUUAAGUGAGGAAAAGAGAGCGAACAUGUUUAGAAGCCGGCUCCGCGGUAAAGGAAAGCGAGACGAUCCCGACGCAGCCGAAGCCCUGGUACCUGGUGAUGACUUAAGUGAGGAAAAGAGAGCGAAUAUGUUUAGAAGCCGGCUCCGCGGUAAAGGAAAGCGAGACGAUCCCGACGCAGCCGAAGCCUUGGUACCUGGUGGUGACUUAAGUGAGGAAAAGAGAGCGAAUAUGUUUAGAAGCCGGCUCCGCGGUAAAGGAAAGCGAGACGAUCCCGACGCAGCCGAAGCCCUGGUACCUGGUGGUGACUUAAGUGAGGAAAAGAGAGCGAAUAUGUUUAGAAGUCGGCUCCGUGGUAAGGGAAAGCGAGACGAUCCCGACGCAGCCGAAGCCCUGGUACCUGGUGACUGGGAUGAGGAAAAGAGAGCUAAUAUGUUUAGAAGUCGGCUCCGCGGUAAAGGAAAGCGAGACGAUCCCGACGCAGCCCUGGUAGGUGACGAUUUCGGUGAUGAAUUCGUGGAUGAAGAAAAGAGAGCGAACAUGUUUAGAAGUCGGCUCCGCGGUAACGGAAAGCGAGACGAUCCCGAUGCAGCCCUGGUAGAUGAAUUCAUGGAUGAGGAAAAGAGAGCGAACUACUUCAGAGGACGGGGAAGAAGACCUGGAAAGCGAGAUGAGCCCGACGCAGCCCUGGUAGAAGAUGAAAAAAGGGCCAACUUCAGAGCCCGCCAGCGCCCCAAAUUAGGGAAGUAAGCUUGCCUGAUAUUGCAACACGGCAUAUCAUCUACACAUUCGGAUAAGUUUUUAGUUCCUAUCACUUCUACCUAUUCAAUUAAAUAUACGGCUUCGAUUAUUCAAAGCAAGAUCGAUACAGAUUUGCUGGAAAUCUUUUAGUUUAUCAAAAUACAAACCAAGUUAAAGUUUUAUUCAAGAAAAAAAAAGAGCUAAAUAUUUGAUUCAAUGAAGGUUUUACAUGGAAACAUUAUUAUUUCAAACAUUGUAUCUAUACUUUGCAUCGGAUUAACGUUCAUAAUAGGUUGUACCUUUAAAUCAUUAAUUUGUAAAUAACAAUGUCAAAAUGGGAGAUGGACAAAACCGGAGAGAAAUGAAGGCUAUUCCAACUAAUAAAACAAUACUUGACUUAUAGUGUAUGGCAGGAGAAAGUAAAGUGUACAUAUAAAUACUUCAUGUGAACAAAACAGUUGUUACACUUCUAUAGAUCUGAAAGAAAGCCAAUUUAUUUUCUUCAUCAUUCUUUUUUUGUUCAGAUCUACAUUUCAAAUUUGUCGCCGAUGAAUGCAGCCCUGUAGAAAUAUAUAUAUAUAAUAAUAUAUAUCCAUUUCAAUGUAAUUUGUUGUAAAUAUCAAAUAAGAGAACUGCGAUAUGGUACGUAUGAAUUGAUGCUGAAAAUUCUACCUAUGAAACGAACGGCCCAUCAAUUGGUUAAAUAUCUAGGUAUGAGUAAACAAAUUCAGAAUUGUCACUUCGUGCUGGGAAAGGAGGUUAAGUAAUAUGGGAAUGUCAAAAGCAUUGCGAAGAUACAUAGUUCGUAGAUAAUUGACUUGGCAUAUGAUUUUGUUAUGUACAUACAAACUGCUGAUAUUCUAUUUAACUACUGUAACAACUAACUCUUGCAUAAAGAUUACAUAAUACUAACUACUCCGACUUCGAUAUCCAAGUAAUGCAUAGAACAUGUGGAACGUAUUAGGUUUGCAUACUCUGUCAACUCAUCUUUUAAGAAACAAAUAAGCUGUUCUAAAAUACAUGGUGUGUUGUAGUUACACGAAAAUGCAAUUGCACCUCCUUAACUCAGUGUCAUAGAUGUUUAAUGUUCUUUUUUAAGUAUUGAUAAAUGUAUCGGUAUUUGUUAGGGUGUGUUGUAGUUUGUACGAGCCGAUCGAUCCGGCCUAUUCCUCAGACCACAAAUUACAAUCGAAAGUCUGGGAUCAAAGGACCAAUGGCCGACUUGGGCCUUACAAGAGAUUCAAACGAUGGACGGAUGUUUGUGUUUUAGUUGCUGUGUAUGUAAGCAAACAAAAUAUUAAAUGUCGCAGAUUCAUUGUAAACCCGGAGCUCUCAUUUAAAAAAUACCCUUUUCAGGCACGGUUGUUGCAUUUGUCUGGCAAUAAAAAGAAAAUAGAAUA